ACUUGAUCAGUGGUAAGUUGCACGUUGUCAUUUGUACCACAAGACAAGAUGCGUAUGCUCGAGCAGGAAGAAGAGAAUGACGACGCUGCAGAGGUUACGUGGGAGGAUCAGCAGCGCAUUAACACUUUCUCUAAAAUCAACACGCGCACGCGCGGUAUUCAGGAAAAACUCGAGGAGCUGAAGCAAGAGAAGGAGGCCCUCGAUGACCUUGCUACGGAAUUGGAGCUUUCGGAUGAGGAUCAGCCUGUCUUAUACAAGGUCGGCGAGGCUUUCCUCCACAUGCCACAUCCGCAGGCAGUAAAGCGCCUCGAACGAGAUCAAAAUGUCAUCGACGCGCGCGUGGCGGCUCUUGCAGCUCAAGCGGACGAGUGUGAGGCUGAAAUGAAGGAUCUCAAGGUCACUUUGUACGCGAAAUUUGGGAAAGCUAUUAAUUUGGAUGAAUGAACGACGCGUAUUUUUGGU